AUGGCUUUGUUCAGUUUUGGCAACAUUUUGCUGCUCUCUGCAGCCUAUGUGUUGUGGAAAUUACUUUACCAAAUCGUGUAUUAUCGCUUCUACCAUCCGCUAGCCAAAUUCCCCGGCCCUUUUUGGGGUUCGGUAACUCGACUGUGGAUAACAUAUCAUAAUGUUAAGGAGGAUGAGUGUCGGGUGAAUCAGGAGCUUCACAAGAAGUAUGGGCCUGUCAUUCGCAUUACACCUACCAUGUUGCUUGUCAGUGACGCAACCAAGUUACCGGAAAUCUACCACCGAAAUGCCAACAAGUCGCAACACUACAUCACCGGCAGUUUCGGAAAGACGGAAUCAUUGUUCAACAUGCAGGACCAUGCAGUUCAUGCUCGCUUCCGUAAGAUCGCUGCGGCGCCUUACUCUUUUUCAAACAUUCGGAAGAUGGAGCCUCUGCUUGACAAGCACAUCGAGCGCUGGAUGUCCAGACUAGAUGCAUUCGCUACUUCCGGUACCAAGAUGGACUUUGCUCCAUGGGCAGUCUACCUUGCUUACGAUAUUGUCUCUGAAGUUGGCUUCGGACAGCCUUUCGGUUUCAUUGAACAGGGGAAAGAUGUUGAGGGACUCAUCCAAGGUUUUCACGACGGCCUUGUGCCGUUUGGCAUACUGGCACGGUGCUAUCCGUUCACAAAUUGGGUCAAGAGCACUUUCUUGGGGAAAUACCUUGUCGCAUCGCCGGAGCAGGACUCUGGAAUCGGGACUUUGAUGAGAUUCCGAGACGGGCUUAUCGUUCAAAGAUUCAAAGACAUCGAGAAAGGGACGACAGAUGGACGUAUCGAUUUACUACAAACCUUCAUUGAAGCCCGGGACGAGGAUGGAAACCCUCUUGAUCUGGACUACAUCAAAGCCGAAAUCUUACUCGUCUUGCUUGCUGGAGCAGAUACUACGGGCACUGCAUUCCAGGCCUUCAUGAUGCAUAUCAUGACAAAUCCCGGCGUCUAUGAUCGUCUCAUGGCCGAGAUUGACGAGCAGACUCGAGCUGGUAAUCUUUCAGAGAUGCCUCAGUACGCGGAAGUCCAGGAACAUUGCCCAUUCUAUGUGGCGUGCAUUCGCGAAGCCAUGCGAUUGAAUCCUCCAGCGCCCAACAUCUUUCCUCGGCUUGCUGGGAAAGGCGGUAUGGAGCUUUACGGCAAGCACGUACCAGAAGGAGCUGAGGUUACUUGCAACCCGUGGCUGGUGCAUCGCGACGAGAAUAUCUUUGGUCCCGACGCUACCGAGUUCCGACCAGAGCGAUGGCUAGAAAGCGAGGAGAAGACAAAGGAGAUACUCAAGUACAACAUGGGGUUUGGAUACGGGGCCAGAGUUUGCCUGGGAAAAGACCUUGCAAUGAUGGAAUUGUUCAAAGGGCCUCUUCAAUUCUUCAGGACUUUCAAGCCAGAGAUCCUCAAUAGUGGAGAGCCUGUGGACUUUUGGCCUAUCGACCCCCUGGCCGCCGAGGCAGUCGACCACUAUAAGCGUGCUCUCAAAAAGGCAGCUAUGGGGUGCCAGCGAAUCGCAGGGCUUAUUGUAUCAAACCCACACAAUCCCCUUGGCAGAUGUUAUUCUCGCGCCAGCCUGCUCAACCUCAAGAGUUUCUGCUCCGAGAAUGGCAUGCACUUCAUCAGCGACGAAAUCCACGCCUUGUCGGUGUGGGAAAAUCAGGUGGACCAGGGGCCUGAACCAGCGCCUUUCACUUCAUGCCUGUCACUCACCUCAACUAAUUUAACACCCGACCGAAUCCACACGAUUUGGGGCAUGUCGAAGGACUUCGGCGCGAACGGGCUUCGGAUCGAGACUAUCAUCUCUCAGUCUAAUCUGUCUCUGCACAAAGCAUUAGUGGCUGUAGCUCUUUACAGCUCUCCAUCUUCUGCAUCGGAUGACAUCGCAGCUAACAUUCUCGAAGAUGAAAAGUGGUCAGACAUGUUCAUCCAGACGAACAGGACAAGGCUUGCCGAUAGGUACAGGCUUGUCGCGCAUUGGGCGAACACCCACGGCAUCCCCUACACGACCGGCGCGAACGAGGCUUUCUUCCUCUGGGCUGAUCUUGGGAGUGCUUGGAGAAGACACAAUCCUGGAACUGUCGAAGAAGAGGACCUGGAUGACUUCUUGAUGAAGCUCUUUUUGAAACACAAGGUAUAUGUUUCUUCGGGAAAAGACUUUGGUUCUGAGAGUGUUGGGUGGUUCCGUAUUGUGUCCUCUCAGGAUGAAACUCAGUUGCUUACUGGCCUGGAAAGAGUUGCUGCUGCACUAAACCCCAGGGUAACAGCCGUACUAUAA